AUGAAGGGUGCUAUUUUCUCCCUUUUCUUCAUCCUCUCUCUUAUUUACUCCCUUGUUCACCUGAGUAAUGGUGCUCUGCCAUGCGGCACGGUGGACAUGAAAGCCGCGUCAUGCAUUAGCUUCGCCACGGGUAAGGACAAAAAACCAUCGGCCGCUUGCUGCUCGGGGCUGCAACAGCUUGCGCAGACCGUGAAAACAGUCGAAGACAAGAAAGCCAUAUGCAGAUGCCUAAAAACGGCUGUAAAAAACUUCAGCGGAGUCCAGGACAGGUUCCUCAGCCAGAUUCCAACCGCAUGUAAAAUCAGGGUCGGCUUCCCUGUUUCCAUAAACACCGACUGCGAAAAGCUCCAUUGA